CUCCCCCAACGCCGCACCUUCCUCCCAAACCCCUUCUCCGCCCUCACCUCCCCAUCCUCCUCCCCCUCCCCCCCUCAAAUCCUAACCGCCACACGCACCCUCCCCUACCCGCCCGCCCCUGUCUACUCCAUCAUCGCCGACGUCCCCGCCUACUCGACCUUCCUCCCCUACUGCGCCCACAGUACCGUCUCCAAAUGGUCGCGACCCGACAAGCGGUACGCGCGCCGCUGGCCCUCCGAGGGCGUCAUCACAACGGGCUUCGGCGCCAUCACGGAGAGUUUUGCGAGUCGCAUCUAUUGUGUGCCUGGGAAAUGGGUCGAGAGUGUGGGAGGUGAGGCGGAGACGGAGUUGGAGAGGGAGGAGAUUGAACAUCAUUUUGAGGAGGCCGAGGUGCGAGGGAGUGGGCAGGAGAGGACGAGGGGGCGCCAGGGGGAAAACGGAUUGUUGACGUAUCUGAGGAGUAAGUGGGAGGUUGAGGCGGUGCGGGAGGCGCAGACAAGAGUGAGUUUGGUGGUGGAGUUUUCGUUUGCGAAUCCCAUGUAUGCGGCUUUGAGCGGCGGUGUGGCGCCCAAGGUCGCAGACUACAUGGUGAAAGCUUUUGAGACGAGGGUGCAGGAGGUUUUGCAGCAGAAUCCGGAAAUGGUCAAGGCGAGUCUGGCUGAUAUGGACGGAAGUGCGAUGAGGAGG